AUGCGCAUUUCGCAGUAUGUACGCGUUGGAUAUGCUGCCAUUGCAAAGAAAACCUACCAGCAACCCAACGCCAACGUCACCGCCAAGAGUGCACAUUUCGACAAUGUCAAGGAUGUCGAGAACGGAUGCCGAAGGAGACCCUCGAUUCGCAUAAUUGCGGACUUUGGAAGUGCCGCACGUGCAAGGAAGAUAAUCUUCCAGUGGCCGUACGGGAAGAACAUCUUCAGCAAUGUUCCACUUGGGUCUGCCUCCGCUGCUGGAAGAAGCUACCGCUAA